AGGCAGGAGCGCGGGUGGUAGGCAGGAGCGCGGCGAGAACCGUCAUGCGAGUGGUGAGUGGUGGAGUGUGGCGGCAGAGAGCGCGGCGACUACAGAGAACUGGAAACUAGUGAAUGGCAAUCUGUCGGGGAAGUUCAACAGACCGCUGUCACAGAGCGACACCGGAGCCCUGCCUAAAACAAAGUGGCUCGUCUUCAAGUCUGGGACGGCUGACCAACUCCGAAAAAAGGACUCACAAGUUGGCUCGGGCUAGCUGCUAAUCACUUGUUACCGGCGCUUCGCUCCCAGUAAACAUGCCUGCCAUCAAAAAGGAGAGACUGGAUGGGGACGUAUUGGCAUUGGCUGCCUUCAACCAGUCCGAAUACCUGGCCCCUUUAAAUGACACCGCUAUCACUGUGGUGACCCCGCACCCACCGCAGUACGACCAUAUUUUCGGACAUCACCGCUUGUACUUGGGGCUUCACGACUCGGCACUGCAUCACCAGCACCUUCACCAUCACCCGGACGACUUAAUGCUGGAGAGGUUUUCCUCCAUCCCCGACUUUCAGCCGUUUUUUGAGAACGGGGAACCAUGCAUCGAGGUGGAGUGCGGGGAGAACAAGGCUUUACUAUACAUUAACAAACUGUGCCAAGGUAGUAAGGGACCCUCAAUCAAAUACCGGGGCGAGUGGCUCACCCCGAAUGAGUUCCAGUUUGUCAGUGGAAGGGAAACCGCCAAAGAUUGGAAACGAAGUAUACGGCACAAAGGGAAAAGUUUAAAGACCCUUAUGUCCAAAGGAAUCUUACAGGUACAUCCCCCAAUCUGUGAUUGCCCUGGGUGUCGAAUUUCGUCUCCAGUGAACCGCGGGCGUUUGGCAGAGAAGCGCACCAUCCCCCUGCCCCCCAACCGUGUGCCCAAGAGGGAGCUCUCCUCCGUCUUUAGCAGUGACGACAGCGAGGGCAGCGACCGCGCCAGCGGAGACCAUGCCCACAUCAAGCAGGAGGAUGAGCUGCAUUACAGUAUCAUGAGAAAGAGUCGUGACAGUGACCUCUCUACGAUCAUCUCCAACCUCCAUCAUACCAGACAGCACGGCAUGCCCGAGAGCCAGCCCGCCACCGACCUCAGCACCAACACAGGACACACAGAUAACCUUCUAGGCAAGAGGAGAGCCUACUCCCCCAACAGCAGCAGCAAGUGCCCCUCAGACAUCAAGAAGUCGCGCAGCGUUUCCCCCAAAGAGAAAUCCCACACCCCUGUGCUGGAGGGGGGCGGCCACAGUCACAUGACCCCGGAGGAGCACUACAGGCGGAUGAUGUCAGCGCUGAGCGAGCAGGGCGAGGAGCAGCAGCAGCGCCUCUACCAGCUGGCCAACAACAUGGGCCUGCCCAGCCAUGAUCUGUUGCGAGUGCGCCAGGAGGCCCUGGCAGCGGUGAGGAACACAGGGGGUUUGGAGGCCCAUCUCCCUUCGGCAGGCAGCUCGUCCAGCCAGAGACGUAAACAGGGCCUGCCCCAGCACAGAGACGCCCACUACACCGAGAGGGAGAUGUCCCAUCCUCCUCCUCUGCUGUCCACCCAGAACGGCCCUCACAUCACAUUGGGACCCCACCUGCGGCCCCCCUUCUUGGCCAUGCCCUCCUCCCUGUGCCAGUCCCCCGGCUAUGGUUUCCUCCAGCCUGCCCAAGCUGAAAUGUUUGCCCGGCAACAGGAAAUGCUUCGGAAGCAGAACUUGGCCAGGUUGGAGAUGUCAGCAGAGCUGCUCAGACACAAGGAGCUGGAGAGUCUCCACAGGCAGCAGCAGCGUGCGUUGGGGGGUUCUGACCCCAUGGGCCUACCCCACGGCCUCCCUCCGGACCAUCCCGCCCUGCGCAGUCUCCACCACCUGCCCGAGGGACACCCCCUCCACGAGGAGCUCAGCCGACGCCAAAACGCCAUGCUGAUGCUCCGACACACCAGCACCCCUUUACUCUCCCUCAACCACCAGGGGCCCUCGGGGUCCACAACACCCAAAGAUACCCAGGGACAAGGCUCCGGGGCUGGGGCCGGAUUGAGUAAGGGGGGCUCACGGAAAGGCCCCCAGCAACCCAGGGGGGGAGACCACCAAGAGAGGGAGGGCCGAGGGAGGGACGGAGAUGCAGAUGGGCAGGAUGAAGAAAUGAAGGACUCGGAUAGCGAGACGGAGAUGGGCGAGGAUAGGCAUGAGGGAUUGUUUGCCAAGGCAACCGAUUGGCAUGGGCUUCACAGGGACAGGGGGAAAGAGAGCGGCGGGAAGGGGGGGUGUGACGGUGCCAAAGAGGCGGGCGAGGGCACGGGUCGGCUUAGUGCCCCCUGUAGCUCGGCGGGUGCGGAUUCACCACCCGGUCAUCACCUCUUCACCCCGGGGCUGGGCAAGAGCGAUGUCAAGUACCACUUUCCACCUGGCGCCAUGCCUCCUCUGCCAGGGCUCCACGGCCAGUCGCUGCCCUUUGGAUUUCCCUACACAAGCCCCUACUUCCACACUGGCGGUAUGGGAGGUCUGUUAAUGGACAGUGAGGACUCUGCGGCGCCCCCGGUGGAGGACAUAAGCAAGUGGAGUGUGGAGGAGGUGUGUGGUUUUGUGGGAGGCCUGGCCGGCUGUGCGGAGUACACACAGGUGUUUCGGGAGCAGGCCAUCGACGGAGAGACACUCCCGCUGCUCACAGAGGAGCACCUGCUCAACACCAUGGGACUGAAGCUGGGCCCUGCGCUCAAGAUACGCUCUCAGGUGGCGCGGCGCGUUGGCAGACUCUUCUACAUGACCAGCUUCCCGCUGGCGCUCCCGGUGCCGCCAUCUGCCCUGCGUCCCCCGGACAGGGACCCCCUUCUGUCCGACACCCUUCUGGCGGUCCCACUGCGACCCCCCUCCGUCGCCAGCAGCAGCUCCUCUCCCUACAGCGGCCCUCCGCCCCCGCGUCACUCCUCCCCCAAGCAGGAGAACGGCUCCGCAUCAGGGGUCUACGAGGGGGCCAAGACGCCCUCCUAGGACUCAACUGGCUGCACAGGGAACAUGAACUGUAGAGGAGGAGGAGGGGUGUAGAGAGGGUUCAGAGAAACCCCCUUUAACAGACAUAGAAUUGUCCCCAUUUCAUGUAAAAAAAAAAAAAAACUACAACUAAAGAAAAUGAACUGAACAGACUUCAACUUCAAGCUCCACUGUGGCUAUAGCCAAGCAGAAUCCAAAGACGUGACCGACAGUGGGCUGGAGGGAGAGACGUCAUGAAGCGACAGAGGGAGAGAGAGAAAGAGAAAGAGAGAACGAGAAAGAGAGAGAGGGAGCAGACAGCUGGUCUCAGUCAGAUUGCCAAAAAAAAGAGCGAAGCGCCACAACUACGACAUUCUUCUGAGUGAGACAGACAGACGCUAACGGAAACUAUUCCUUCCUGGGCUGAAGGAAGCCCCCCCCCCCUCUCUCGCUCUCUCUGCUCCACAACACACCCGGCGGCGCCCAGCACUUAAAAGGAAGACGCCUCUUCCCUCUUUUCUCUCACUCACUUUUCUCCCCACUCCCAGUCUCAGGAGCCCAAACAGCUCAGAGGAACUGAGAAUUCCGGAGGCUGGAGCGAAAGGACUCAAAACCCCCCUCAUUAUUGCAACUAUGCAUUCCACAGUCCAAAACCAAAGAUUACCGGAUGUGUGGAAUCAGGACGAUAUUUCAUGUUUGUUUCUGGUGUUUUAUUUUUGGUUUGUUUUUGCUUUGUGGGAAAAAAUUUGCAGUCUUAGGGAGGUGUGGGCCAGGUACCAUAUAACUGUCUUUAAGAGGGGGGACUCUUUGAAAGGUGACAAAGGCACACAACACAGUGUUGUGCCCAUAAGCCAGCAGUCUACGCUGAGUUGUUUCUCUGACACGCCCUGAUAAAAAAAGGGCCAAAUGUUACUGAUAUGGGAUGGUGACGAAACGGUGGCUUCGGCUCAUAGAGCUAAUGUCAUUGGAAAAUCCUGUUAACUACUGUGGGAGAUACAAACACGCUGAAUUGUACAGAAUGAUGCUUAUGAUGGAAAUAAGGUUACAGAUGUGUUUCGGGGGUUCAUUAAAUGUAGUUGCACGAAUAACGUUUUCUUUGUGACUGAGCAAAAUGUGACUCGCUUAACUUUUGGUGGUACUUUUCUUACGGGCGUUUUUUGUUGGCCGUUUUAUGUUCUCCAAAUUGUAUAUUAUUAAAAGAAAGCCCCAUUCUUGAAUGCUACUUCAGCAGAUUAAUAUGAGGGAAUAAUAUUUAUUAGGACUUUUGAUGUACAGUGCCUUCCGAAAGUAUUCACACCCCCUUGACUUUUUACGUAUUUUGUUGUUACAGCCUGAAUUUAAAAGGGAUUCAAUUUAGAUUUUGUGUCACUGAUCGACACACACAAUACCC